CGCAACAGGGCACCCAUGGAGGGCAACAGAGCGAAACCCCAUGUCAUCGUGGCCUUCGCCUUGGUGGCUCUUCCUGCGUUGGUUCCGUGCUCCGGGGCAAAUGUCAAAAUAGGCGUCCCUGAAAAUUACAACGGCAUUUUCCCCUGGUACCUUUCCAAGCUCCACAGCCUCCCAGCCAACUACAGUGACCUGGUGGUAACGGGCGACGAUGAGAGGAUAUUUGGGGUUGAUGCAGGCUUUCUGUAUGCACUAAAACCCCUGGACAGAGAGAAACAGCCAUCCUACUCCCUGCAGGUGUCCUUCAGAGCAUCACUGCAGCGUCAGAGCUUCAAUGUAGAAGUGUGUGUCAUCGACAAGAACGACAACGUGCCCACAUUCAGAGAGGGGAGUAUGAGAGGCAGCGUGCAGCUCGGGCUGCUCAAAGGGAUCCCGUUCAUGCAGGUGGAAGGGCUGGAUUUGGAUGACCGCAACACGGCCCACGCCGACCUUCGUUUCGGCCUGAUGGAGCAGACGCCCAGGAUUCCCUCCAGUCACAUGUUCUCCAUUGACUCCAUCACGGGAGAGGUGUCCCUCACCGAGGACGGAGCGUCUACUCUGGACCCGGAAAUGUGCGGCCGGUAUAAGCUGUCUGUGAUGGUGAAGGACAUGGCCGGGAGGGCCAACGCUUUUUUCUCCACCGGGAUCGUCACCGUGGAGGUGACGGGGAACACGUGGGCGUCACCCGACCCCGUCCGCCUACAGGAGAACCUGCCCGGCCCUUACCCCAUCCCCAUCUCACAGGUGAAAUGGAGUGGAAGUCAAGCGGAGUACAGUCUAGAGGGGGAGUUUCCUGAGAUGCUCUUCACCAUCAGCAGAGAAGGAGUCAUCUAUCUCAAUGCUCCUCUGGACAGAGAGACACAGGACCAGUUUCAGAUCAGCAUUGUGGUGGAGCGUCCAGACGGCAGAGAGAUCGCCAAGCCGGUGGAGUUGAGGGUGAUGGUGGGGGACGCCAACGACAACAGACCCACCUUCCCACAAGCACAGUACCAUGCUGUCGUCAAAGAGCUGGCUGCUAGGGGGACAGAGAUCCUCACUCUGCAGGCGGCGGAUAACGACGACCCCAAGACGGACAACGUGCGGAUCUUUUACCGCCUGGUGGGCCAGAUCCCAGAAAGCCCUCGCGCCCUCUUCAGGGUGGAUCGUGACUCCGGGGUCAUCUCCGUCCAAGCCGACAGUAUGGAGGGCACCGCGCCACAGUACACCCUCACCAUCACCGCCGAGGAUGCAAAAGGUCUCAACAGUUCCUGUACCGUGGUUGUGACGGUGCAGGAUGAGAACAACAAUCCGCCAGUCUUCUCCCAACAUGAGUACGGGCCUUUUCAUAUCCCAGAGGAUGCUCCGGUUGGCAGGACGGUAACAGCGGUGUUGGCUGGAGAUGCUGAUGUGCAAGGCGGCGACAGCUGGCAGGUGGACUACCGCUUGGAUUCUGGGAACGAGGAAGAGGUGUUUACACUGAUGACAAACAAACAGACCAACGAAGUCUCGCUGGUCUUGUCCAGGGUGCUGGACUUUGAGCGAGAAAGUGAGUACAUCCUGGUGCUCAGUGCUCAGAACCCUGUGGCGCUCGUCCGUGGCCGCUAUGGACCGGCAUCCACUGCAACUGUCUCGAUCUAUGUCGAUGAUGUGAACGAAGGACCGAUCCUGUCUCAAAGUCACUAUGAGGUCACAGUCAGGGAGGGUGAGGAACCGGGACGAGUUAUUGCCACUAUCCGAGGUUAUGAUCCCGAUUCUCAUCCAAUCAGAUAUUCUCUGCGAGGGGACACCAAGAAGUAUUUUUCAAUAGGGAAGUAUUCUGGGGAGCUGAAGACUGUGCAGGCUUUGGACCGAGAGGAGAACAGCACUUACACUAUGGAGGUCAUUGCUAUGGAUGGAAGGAACUCUUCCUUAUCUGCUUCCACCCUUGUGACUGUCCAAAUCCUGGACGUGAAUGACAACAGCCCAGUGCUGGUUGGGGACUACUCUUGGAAGUACCUGUGUACGCCUCGCUGGGAGGAGCAGGCGCUGGUUCUGGCAUCGCGGGACAGCGACGGGCCGCAGCACGGAGGACGACUCAACUUUUCCCUUCACAGCGAUGCCACAGUCCGACGCAACUGGAAGCUUACGCCCAUCAAUGACACACACACCAAUCUGUCCCUAAAUACCCCGUACCUGGCUCCGGAGGUCUACACUGUGCCCUUCACCAUCUCUGACAGCAGCUCACCGCCUAGAAGCACCUUCAUCAAUCUGCCUGUGACAGUGUGUCCUUGCAAUGUCAGGGGAAACUGCAAGAUGGCUGCCAAGCAGCUGCAGGGCAUGCCAACCAUCCAGUCUACCGUGGGGGUCCUACUUGGCACCUUUGCUGUCAUAGGAAGCAUCCUCAUCGUUGUUUUCGUGAGACUGUCCUAUCAGAACCCGAAGCCGCCCAGCAAAACAAACCAGGAGAGAGUUCCCCUGAAGAUUUCACUGUAAAAAAAAAACAAAAAAACAAACGAAUAUUUUGUUCAUCUUAGCCGAGUAGAUUCUGCUUUUCAAUUCAAUGAAUUGGAGUGGAUCUCCAUUCAAGUAGUGAGCAUUUAUGGCUGAAAAUUUUCGUUAUUUUACCUGUUGGAUCACAACGAUGUCAACAUGAUGUCAAGUCAGCAUGUGUACUUCGGCCUGUGUGAGAGACAUGUAUGGGCGUUUAUCUUGGUGGAACUGUUACGUUCAAAAAAAUAGUAGACUUGAUUUGUGUUUUUGUUUUUCUUCCAGAACAAACUUUUGUAUUAGUGGCUACAGUUUUAGUGCCUUUUGGGUUCAAUAAUAUUGAAUUCUUAGCUGCAAAAAUGUCUUGAUGCAUGCUCAAUAAUCCAGGUAAGAAAAUCAAAGAAGACUGAAUCCGUUCAUCUGCACACGAUGUUGUAUCCGGAUGAACUGAUUCAACCUUCUUUGAUAGCUGAAAUGUUUGCGCUCGCUAUUUACUUGUAUUUAUUUAUGCUAAAAUAACCGAUUUUGACAUGGAUGUUAUUUAUCGUUAUAAUUGAUCACAAACAGACUGAUAAAAAGUAUGAAUCAAAAAACAACACAACUAUAAAUUCUUUCACUUAUCAUGAUGAGCACAGAACCACAAUUCAACACCAAUUCUUUGUAACACGAAAUUGUAGUGACGGAAUUAAAUA